AUGCCUGAGAUCAACACCCUCCUGUUCGAUUGCGACAACACCCUCGUCCUCUCUGAGGAGCUUGCCUUCGAGGCUUGCGCAGGCCUCAUCAACGAGAUCUGCGAGGCUCGUCAAGUCGAGAUGCGCUUCACUGGCGAGACCCUCAUCAAGGAGUUCGUCGGCCAGAACUUCCGCGGCAUGCUCACCACCCUCCAGAAGAACUACAACAUCGAGAUCUCACCUGAGGACAUGGAGACCUAUGUUCGAAAGGAGGAGGACGCCGUCAUUGCCAAGCUCAAGGAAUCUCUCCGACCUUGUGUUGGUGUUGAUGAGCAGCUCGAGAAGCUUGCCGCUUCUGGCAAGUACACCAUGUCCGUAGUUUCUUCCUCUGCCCUCCGCCGUGUCCGUGCCUCCAUCGAGAAGGUUGGUCAGGACAAGUACUUCCAGGGCGAUGUUGUCUUCUCUGCCGCUACAAGUCUCGAGAAGCCCACUAGCAAGCCUGAUCCCGCUAUCUACCUUCACGCUCUAGAGAAACUUGGCAAGAAGGCCGAGGAGGCUGUCGCUAUUGAGGACAGCAAGAGCGGCACCCUUAGCGGCACUCGUGCCGGUAUCAAGGUCAUCGGUUAUGUUGGCCCUUAUGCUGAGGACAAGCAGCCCGAGAUGGAGAAGACCUUGAGCGAUGCCGGUGCUGUUGUCAUCAUGCGAGACUGGUCCGAGUUCCCUGCUGCUCUGCAGAAGAUUGAGGCUGGUGAGGUCUAA